UCUUCAACGUAGGAACCUAAUUUAUUAGAUAGAAUUUUUAGCGGCCCGAAAUUAUGCGAGAAUUCACUUUGGUAACAUCGAUUACCGUACCUCAUUGUUCAUCCAUUUAAAAUGAAAAACUUCUGCAGGCGAUCUCAAAGUGCAGGAUCUUCAUAUCAAGACAUUUAAAGAACCCGGUCAAUCUAAACAACCGCCAUCUCGUGUUCAGAAGCUCAACCCUCAACCGAAACGGAGAGUAGCUCCUCCGCCUCCCACGACUGCACAGAGUGGAACUAAUGCCCUAAACAUUUUGGUGCUUCGAAAAAAAUCUUCCAAUUUAUUCGACAUGUCUAAGUAUGAAGAAGCAGUCCCGAUUCUAGAAGAACUGACGACCUUACAAAGCCAUAAGGAUUUAGGUACAAUGCUUAUAAUGAUAGAGUGUUUUAUACAACUUGGCAGAGAGAAGAAAGCUGAAAAAAUUAUCGAGAACCUACGAAACAUCUUAAGGACGUCAUCUGUGACCAGUGCUGAUGACGUCAAAACCCUAGCGAUCGAAAUGAUUUCUAAUUCCGCCUACAUACGCGCUAUGAUAUUGCUUCGAAUAUCAAGUGAUAUGUAUAAGGCUGAAUCAAGAUCGCCCAAUGAUGUAAUAAAUUGGAUUGAGCUUUGUGUCAGUAACAUGGAUGAUGCCACUGAGGGAAUUAUAGGAGCCGGUGGUCGGUCUAGAAUUAUUGGAAUUGAUUACGGUAUAGAAUACAUGACAGAAAUGCUAGACGAUCUGCGUCCAGUAAAAAACGCUGACCCUGUGAUUAAAGCAUUGGCUGAAGCUAAGUGCUCGAAUUAUAUAGGAUAUAACUAUGGACUGACAGGUGAAUACGACAAAUGCAUAAAAAUAUGUAUAAAUGGACAGGUAGUUAUGGAGAAACAGUUUGGUUCAAAUGCUUCAAAAUACCGAAUUUACGGUUUAUUGCUGCAUAAUAUUGGCGUUGGAAAUUAUAAUCUACUGAAAUAUUCGAGAGCAAAAUCUUUUUAUAUCAGAGCCGUUGAUGCCAAACAGAAUGCUACUGAUUAUGAGGAUGCAGCAGAGAGAGAGAAUGAUAUUGAUCGGUCGAAAUCUGAUCUGGAAAACACACGGGCAAAAUUAACCUGAUAUCCGAAUUUUAUAUUCACGGCAAGUCGUAAUUUACAGAAAUUGUAUUAUGAAUUAAAUGUUCAAAUUUUCAGUUUACAUUUGCUGUGUAAUUUGAUAAUAUGAAUUUUUUUUACUUGAGAAUACAAGUUAUAUUCUCUCUAUUUACUAAAAUUAUCCCAAAUGAAUGAACAUUUUUAAAAUAUUUAAACCUCUCAUUUACAUUUGAUUUAUGCUGUGUAAUUCUAUACUGGUAAAAAGAUUCAGUAGUUUUA